GCGGCAGCUGUCAGGCCACUGAGGUCCAAGCUGCACUUGCUGCCCCAUUGAGGACAAGGUGGCAGUGCGAACUGUGACCCGGUCACUGAGGAGCCAGGCUAGAGGCACGCAGAGCUCAUCUGUCUGGCAUCUGUAGCCCUGUCCUUUCUCCUUCCUAUUGUGGUGGAGCCCUAAUAAAAGAAUAGGGACAAAACAGACAAAGGGGAAGGUUGAAAUUGUAUAAAAAAAAAAAAAACGACUGGGUUCUUUUGUUUGCAACUGUCUCCCUGUUUGGUGCUGCUAUCAUGAGUGGGAAAUCCCUUCUCUUAAAGGUCAUUCUCUUGGGUGAUGGUGGAGUUGGGAAAAGCUCACUGAUGAACCGUUAUGUAACCAACAAGUUCGACUCCCAGGCUUUUCACACUAUAGGGGUAGAGUUCUUAAACCGAGACCUGGAGGUAGAUGGACGCUUUGUGACCCUUCAGAUCUGGGACACCGCUGGGCAAGAACGUUUCAAGAGCCUUAGAACACCAUUUUACAGAGGAGCAGACUGCUGCCUGCUGACCUUCAGCGUGGAUGACCGGCAGAGCUUUGAGAACCUUGGUAACUGGCAAAAAGAAUUCAUUUACUAUGCAGAUGUAAAAGACCCAGAACAUUUCCCCUUUGUGGUUCUGGGUAACAAGGUAGACAAAGAGGAUAGGCAAGUGACGACUGAGGAGGCACAAGCCUGGUGCAUGGAGAAUGGAAAUUACCCUUAUCUAGAAACAAGUGCCAAAGAUGAUACUAAUGUGACAGUGGCCUUUGAAGAAGCUGUUAGGCAGGUGUUAGCUGUAGAGGAACAGCUGGAACACUGCAUGUUAGGUCACACCAUUGAUUUGAACAGUGGCUCUAAAGCAAGUUCCUCAUGCUGUUAGAUAUAGGGACUCUUCAAAAGUGUGCACUAUAUUGGGCAGUCUGUAGUAUAAAACUACUGUGCCCUCUGUGAUAGUAUGUACGCACGCACACGUGUUCAGAUACACCCACACACACACACACACACACACACACACACACACACACACACACGAACGUAAAAGAUAAGGUUUUGUUUUGAAACAGAACCUUUCAAAUUGAAGUUGUAGAGCGGUUUAAAGAGAAACAAAAAAAGCUUUAUUGAGCCAAGUGUAUUUUUGCGUGAUUUCUGCUAUUUUCCCUUCUUGUGUGUCCCAGGACGUUUCAGAAAGUUUUCGUCCUGAGAGAUUUAAGUAUUUUAAAAUCACAGUUUAAACCUAGGACCCAGCCGCAUGAAGGAGUGAAAGAGCUUAAAGUGUUCCAUUAACCAGCCAGAAAAUGCCACCACCAGACUCUUGCCAAGCAGUUUUAUGACAUUUCUACCAAAGGGAAAAAUAAGAUUCUAAGUUUUAUUAUAGCAAAAGUAAUAAUGGAAGCAAGUAUUUCUAAACAUGAGUUAGGAAAAAAGUGGUUACGAUUAGGAGAAGGUAGAUGUAUGAAAAUAUACAGUGACAUGUUGAAAUCCUUAUGUAUGGUUUACUCUCAUGUGAAUUUAAAAACUCAUUUCAAUAAGAAUUACUCCAAUGACACUGGAGGUUGGUUCUAAUCCAUGUAUUUGAAUCACAGGACACUAGUGAAUGGUUUAUGCUUAAAUAUGCUAACCAUCUUUGCAAACACAUGGUUGGCCUGCUUUUCCUUCAUAAGUCUACUGCUGCUGCAUAGAGAUGUUGCUUCUGUGACAAUUUAUCAAUUUAGCAAUGCUGCUUCAUAUGUGGCCUAGGGUGCAGUGCUCUCUGCCUACAAUUUAGACAGUCCUAUGGUUCACCAUGCCGGCUCAUGAAGAAGCCUUCAGAAAAGAUUGUAAAGUAUUGGUCUUUCCUCACAGGUUCCUUAACUCAGUUGCUUGUGUAGAGGUAGAAUCUGAUUCUUGGCAUGUCUCGCCGAAUGUUCAGCUGGCCAAACUAGGACAUUAAAACUAGCAAAAGAGCAGAUAUUUUUUUGACUUUGUGUUAGGAUGAAUUUCUUAUAAUUAUAUUUGUUCAAAUGUGGAAUAGACUGCCUUAAUAGUGAGCUCCCUCCCAGUAACAGUAGUCACUGGAUGACCAUCUGUUAAAAUGCUGUUAAAGAAUUACUGUACUGGCUACAUGUUUGGUAUAAGGUUCCUUCAGGCUUAAGUUCUGAAUUUACAAACUAUGUCAGUGCCAUUUUCUGAUUGGAUUUAUAUGAAAAUAAUAGUUAAGACUAUAGAGUGGGCCUUAAAAAUCCUUAAGCCAUUCUGGGAUUAGCCUUUAACAACAACUACCAUUUUAAAAUAUCCCAAAGACACCAUGUUCAAAACAAAAAUGGUUCAACAAAUUUUGAAUAUCAUGACUGCCAAUUAUAUACUUUAUUAUGAGUGAACCAUCUGGAUUUUAUUGAUUGACCUGCAUAGAUUUUAAUCUGUGUUUUUAAAACAUGUAUGAUAAAAAUUGUGAACCAAUGUAGAGAAAGACAGUUAGCUAAGUCCCCCACCAAAAGAAGUAAGCCUGGGAUGGGUUGGGAGCAUUCACAGGAAUACAGCCUAGAAUUCUCCAUUGAAGAAGCCACAUAUGGAAUCAGCCUUACAUGUGGGAUCUUAUGUGCUUUAAGAACUCUGGUACUUUUGGCCCCAUAGACAAGAAGAGGACAGUAUUUCAACCUAGAUGUACUCAGUAUUUGCAACUAUUAUAUAUUCCUGACCCUAUUGUCCACUUAAUUUAGAUGCCAGAAGUCAAAGCAGAACUAGGACCCCACAGCUCUUAAAUAUUGGUUCCUAUCCUGCCUAUGCCUAUAGCCAACCACACUGGUUUCAACAUACUACAGGCAUUUUUGCUACAGUAAUGUCAGAGUAAAAAUAUGUAUGUCAAAACUAAUAAAUGGUAAUUAUUUUUUAAGUGCAUGAGACCUAGGGCCUUCUCUUUCUACUUGCAUUCUGCUUAUAAUAGUUUCUAUUUGUAGAUCUCAGGCCUUCAUAAAGAUCUCCAUCAGUUCACAAAAACUACUCGUCUCUGUAGCGUGGCAUGUGGUCAUUUGAGUAAAAAUAAAAGUACAUGAGGAUUCAAUUCAUAGGCAUCCUGUCCAUCAAGAAAAGUGUUAAUUUUACUGGCAGGUAAACUGAAGCCCCUUUCUUCUUAGCCAUAUACUUUUUUCCUCUACAAAAUCAUUUCAUAAUAUCAAGCACUUAACAGUAAGUUACAAAUAAGUGGCAUUUUAGUGAGUAACACUCAGUGAGUGCUGACAUAGUUUGGAUAAGAUAAAAAAACAAAAACAAAAACAAACAAAAAAAAACACCAAAAGCUGACAUCUGUGGUAUCAGGAACUGUGCAUAUGCAUUUUGAAAUUGACUGUGUAUCUAGAAUGUGCAGUAAAAUAUUUUUAAUAGGUGUUUUUGGAUUUUUGGAGUAAUGUAUUUCUAAUUAAAAGCAUACUGUUUUUCAAUAGUCCAUUAAAAUAUAUAAAAUAUUUAUUUAUUUAUUUACUGUCAUGUAUUGGCUUUCAGGGGGCCUCAGAUUUCAUAUGUCUUCAGUGGAUUGAUGAAUUUCAGGUGUAUUUGUGUCUGCCUCAGCCAUCUCUAUUUUAUCCUGAGGUGUUCCACAAUCCUCUUGUUGCAGGUGCUGCUAAAAUCUCAAAAAAUGUGUAUAAGAUAUUGUGUUCCUGUUAUUUGAAAAAUAAUCUGUGUCAAAGUGAAUAAAAAGUGCAUUUUGAAU